AUGGCGGACGACGGUCCGUUCUUCGAGACGUUCGACGCCACGGCCGCGCGAAUCUCGCAGUCGCAUCUCGCGGCGAAGCUGAACCAAGGCCCGAGGGACGAUGCCGGGCGGUUCAGGAUCACCAAGGGCACGAGCUCGCUCGCGACGCCCGAGGAGAAGCGCGCGGAGGAGAACAGAGAGCGAGGCGUGACGCUCGUGGAUCCGACCAAGGCGGUGUCCUUGCACACGGUGAAGCGCGCGGCGGACGCGCCCAGGGAGAGGGAGAAGACGAAGAAGGCGAAGAAGGAGAAGAAGGACGGCGACGACGCGGACGACGACGCGGGGCCGCCGUCGUGGCUGAGCCUCGGCCUCGUGGUGAAGAUCCUCGACAAGUCGAGCGCGCACAGGAAAAGAAAGGGCGUCGUGAGGAAGCUCCCGAGGAAAGGCGUCGCGGAGCUCGAAGUCCUCGGCGUGGACGCCGCCGCAACGGAGACCGUGGCGGAGAAGCACCUGGAGACGGUCCUCCCCGCGGUGGGGAAGCACGUCAGGGUGGUCAAAGGCGAGGCCGCGGGGAGGGUGGGCGAGCUGAGGAAGAUUCACGAGACGCGGUUUCUCGCCGAGGUGGCGCUCGACGCCGCCGACGGCGUGCGGCAACGCGUGGAGUUUCUGCAGUACGACGAGGUGUGCAAGGUCCAAGGGUUGUCGUGA